AGGUAAAUGUCAGACGACGUGGCCGAUGAAACAUGGAGCCGUGUCACACUACAUAAAGAUUGAAAUUGUCAUGAGACUACUACGAUAUGUCAUGUGAAAAGACCAAUUUGUAGGAGUGCUGUUUAUUAACUAGGCCCUCAUUUUGUUCUUCUGAAUUAUUUGCAGCUGUGAAUGUGUUGAAUUCACAAAACAUGGGGCUGUGCAAGUGUCCGAAACGGAGAGUAACCAAUUUAUUUUGUUUUGAACACCGUGUUAAUGUUUGCGAACACUGUAUGGUUACGAAUCAUUCAAAGUGUAUUGUACAGUCAUAUAUCUUAUGGCUUCACGAUCAUGACUACAAUCCUAUCUGUACCUUAUGCUCGGUGAACUUAAAUGAAGGUGACUGUGUUCGGCUAACUUGCUACCACAUGUUUCAUUGGGCAUGUUUGGAUAAAUAUGCCAGGGAAAUGCCAUCGAUAACAGCACCCGCAGGAUAUACUUGUCCAUCAUGCAAGGAGUGCAUUUUUCCAAAUUCAAUAUUAGUAUCCCCUGUAGCUGAUGUGUUGAGGGAGAAAUUAGCAGGAGUUAAUUGGGCAAGAGCUGGUCUUGGCUUACCUUUGCUCAGUGAAGAUCGAGAGCAGAAACCAGAGCAAGAGCGUCCACCUCUAAGAGUAGAAUCUACAUCGUACCAAAAUCAUAUAACAACCUCAUCGAUUCCUACAGUAGCCACAUCACGCACUUCUAGUAGUGUUAAUUCAGUACACACAAAUAUUAAUAAUGUGCAUUUAAACAGUCAGAAAAUGGGUCCACCUUAUUCUAUUGUAAAUAUCGACUCGUCCUUGGGAUUGUCCAACCCGACAUCACGAAAAGUUUGUGAGGCUUAUGACGAUCCGAAAGAGAUAUCGUUCGAUCACGACGAGAACAAAUACAAGAGGAAGUCGGCCAUGGAAUGGUUCUUAAGGUGGUGGAAGCUCAUAGUUAGUCCACCACCGAGACGCAGGAAUUCACCGGGGGCAUUGUAUAAAAGAUACGCAAUGAUAGGCGUUAUGGGCAUAUUAACAUUUAUCGGAAUUUUAAUUUUGUUCUCUUGGCUUGGAAGAAUGGCCACUGAUGGGGACCCGUCUUACGACCUUCACGCGAAUCCUAAUGUUAUAGUUGCCGACUAAUCUGUCGGCAUUUAAUGUACUCAAACCUUUAAAGAAAGAUUCGAAAGGAACAAUUGAGUAUAAAGUGAAUGGAAUGAAUGCCAGCUUAUGGCAAUAUGACGCGUGUAAUAUAGCCGAUCUGACGAGUUAUCAGUCAAACGAAAAACGUGUAUCGUCGGAAGUAUGAUUUUCAUUCAACGUGAAUAAUUAGUUUAAGGUACACUGUAUUGUUAGAACUAACAUCUAUUAAUUUUCAUGUAAAGUAUGCCUUAUAACUGUGUUGUAUAUUUCGCUCCGUAAAUAUUUGCAAACAUUUUCCAAAAACACUGCGUACGUCCUUAAACAAACCGUUAGUUCUUUUUAUACUAUUGUGUGCGAUAGCGUGAAUAAAAAUGGCUGCCAGGUUUCCCAAAUUCAGUUGAUAAGAAUUCCACGUUUGUGAUUUCGAUUCGAAACGGAUUGGUUUAGUCAUAUACGUAUGUAGUUAUAUUUGUUUUAAGCCGAAAUUAUAAUUUAUUCCAAAUUUAAAUCUCUGAUCUCUCAACUGAUUGACCGGUCGAGAAAGUUCAGAUAUUUCCAAUUUGUAUCUAAUAAAAAAAAAUCGUAUUGUAUUUAAACAUUGUAGGAAAUACAUUUUCUGAAUAGUU